AUGAGCGGCUCGGGCGCCAGGCCCAGCCACCUGUCCCAGCCAGUGGUGAAGAGCGUGCUGGUGUACCGCAACGGGGACCCUUUCUUCGCGGGCCGUCGCGUGGUCAUCCACGAGAAGAAGGUGUCCAGCUUCGACGUGUUCCUGAAAGAAGUGACAGGCGGCGUUCAGGCACCCUUUGGCGCUGUCAGGAAUAUCUACACCCCACGCACAGGCCACCGCAUCCGGAAGCUAGACCAGAUCCAGAGCGGGGGCAACUACGUCGCCGGCGGCCAGGAGGCCUUCAAGAAACUCAAUUACUUGGACAUAGGAGAUAUCAAGAAAAGGCCAAUGGAAGCUGCUAACACAGAGGUAAAACCAGUAAUCCACAGCAGGAUCAACGUGUCAGCGCGCUUCAGAAAACCUCUCCAGGAACCCUGCACAAUCUUCUUGAUCGCAAAUGGAGACCUCAUAAGUCCGGCUUCUCGCCUCCUCAUCCCGAGAAAAGCCUUGGGUCAGUGGGAUCACGUCCUGCAGAUGGUCACCGAGAAGAUCACGCUGCGGAGCGGGGCUGUCCACAGACUUUACACUUUAGAAGGAAAACUCAUUGAGAGCGGGGCGGAGCUGGAGAAUGGGCAAUUUUACGUGGCUGUCGGCAGAGAUAGGUUUAAGAAACUGCCUUACAGUGAACUACUUUUUGACAAGUCCGCAAUGAGAAGGCCUUAUGGUCAGAAAGCUUCUUCACUACCUCCUAUUGUAGGAUCCAGAAAGUCUAAAGGGAGUGGAAAUGACCGCCAGUCCAAGUCAACCAUUGGAUCCAGCGAUAACUCCUCUCCUCAGCCCCUGAAGAGGAAAGGGAAAAAAGAGGGAGUGAGUUCAGGAAAACCAACGAAAGUGAAACAAGACAUCAAGUCUCAGAGCUCACCAUCAACAGUUCCAAACAGUGAUGAAGGCAUUUUCAAAGCUGGAGCUGAGCGGUCCGAAAUGAGGGGGGCAGCAGAAGUUCAAGAGGAUGAGGAUACUCAGGUGGAGGUUCCAGUUGACCAGAGGCCAGCAGAAAUAGUAGAUGAGGAAGAAGAUGGAGAGAAAAUGACCAAGGAAGAGGGACAGAAGGAAGACUUUGCGGGAAUGAAUGGUGAUGUGGAAGGUGAUGGUGAGAAACAGGCGACAGAUGUCCCUGGGCAGGUUGAGGAGAUCCCAGACACCAGUGAGGAGCAGGCAGCUCCUGCGCGGGUGAGCGGAGGCACUGACGAAGAAAAUGGGGAGGAGCUGGAGCCGGUCAGCAGCGAGCCUCAGCCGGCAGCUGGUGAAGAAGGAAAGGCUCAAGGAGCUGGAAAUGGACACGAGGAGGCUAAUAUAGAUCCUCAAAGACCACCAAGGCCAGAAGUAAAGAUCACAAGUCCACAAGAAAACGAAAGCAACGAACAAAGCAAGGACUAUGCUGUCGUGGCAUAGAUGAUUUUU